AUGUUUAGAAUCGCCAGUUAUCGUAUUGAAAAGGCAAUGGCAGUAAAAACGCUGAAUAGUAUUAGCCUAAAGAACGAGAGUAUAAUGUAUAGAGAAAUAAUUCGAGCCGUAGAUAUUCAUCGAAAAGCUCUCAAGUAUACCGCGUGUGUAUUAGCCGGUUUCGAACAAUCGCGUUUUAUCAUAAUAAUAAUUGGCGUAAUAACUACGAGCAUCAAUCUUUAUGGAAUUUCUGAAAUUACGUCGCUUGGAGACAGUAAUCAGGAUUUUGCAAUGCACUGUAUAAUUAUAGGAAUUAUUUUUGUUUAUUUGUUUUUAUUGAACUAUGCGGGACAAGAAUUUACGGAUCACAAUGAUCACAUAUUUUCCACUGUGUACAACGUUCAGUGGUAUCUGGCACCAGCUCACGUACAGAAAGUGAUAUUGUUUCUUUUGCAAAGGGGUAGCAAAACUACCACUCUUAAUUUCGGCGUACUGUUUACGUUGUCUCUAGAAUUUUUUGCCACGCUAACGAAGGCAUCGAUAUCCUACUUUACUGUUGUAUGUUCUAUGCAAUAG